CUGUACUGUACACUGUAGGUUUGCCGCAUAGAAUGAACCCGAGCCUUUUGGUAGGCACACUUCAGCCACGGCUUCGCAUUCCUUUCUUUGAGAACACUCCGGUUCGCAUGUCAUUCGUCACUUCCCGACACGCAGCAACCAUCGGCAUCCAUUCAAUGGAACAACAAGACCAGCGAAGGAAGAAAUCCGUCGCAUUCUCAUAGUUUCAAUGGAACAGCCCUCAAUCAGCCUCUCAAACCACUCUCUCGCUGGCACUAAUAAACUUUAUCAACCCCCACCGCACCAUGAAGUCGUCGUCUUACAGGGCAAUCGCUUUGCGCUUGAGUCGCCUUCAGCCAUCAACUACUACCACCACUAUUGUCACCGUUCCUUGGCCCCCUGCUCGCACGUUUUCGUCAGCGUUGCCUGAUCGCAUCGAUACCGACGACGAGGACGAAGAAUAUCCUACUGUUACCAGAAGUGCCGCGGCCUCUUCCGGCAAUUAUUUUUAUCGGUCUCGUCGCCACAAAACGCCAACUCGAAAUGUUCAUCCGGUUUUUAGCACUACCGACGCACACCCCCAUCCCACGCGGAAGCAACCAGAAGAAGCAAACAUGGUAGUUAAUAAUAACAACAAUGCCAUCAGCCCCAAAAUUCAAGAAUGUACCUGUGGAUAUCAAAAGGAACAAGAUCUCUUGAAAGAAAAUGCAGAGCCUCUACCACCACCACUUCCUCAACCAGUUUAUUCGGUUCACAAGAGAGUCUUGCCCUCCAACCUUACGGCACUGUCAUCACCAUUGGGCCGACAAUUUCUCUUGGAAAGCAUGGCGGCUCUCACUGCAGAAUCGUAUUGGGCACUCACGGAACAAUUCGUGAACCAGAGUGAUCCGGCCUAUUGCGGGGUCACCACUCUGCUCAUGGUAUUAAAUGCCAUGAACAUUGACCCCGGUGUUCGAUGGAAGGGUGGCUGGAGAUUUUAUGGAGACGAAGAUGUAUUGCUACAACGCUGCUGCUUGAACAAGGAACGCAUUCGACGAGUGGGAAUCACCAUGGAACAAUUCAUGAUUUUAGGAACCUGCCACGGAACGAGAAUCACCAUGAAGAGACCGCCCCCGCCAGCAGAAAACGACAAUAAUCAUUAUUCCGACAGCAUGGACACUUCUUCUUAUUCAUUGCAAGAAUUUCGAAAGGACUUGAAGGAAACACUGGACAGUCAAUUCAACCGGGAAAAUUCCAUGAUUGUUACAUCGUAUUCUCGUGCGGCCCUACAACAAACUGGUGACGGACAUUUUUCUCCCAUUGCAGCCUUUCACGAACCCUCGGACCACGUUCUUAUUUUGGAUGUGGCAAGAUUCAAGUACCCCCCUUAUUGGGUAUCCGUCAAGGAGCUGUACGAGUCCAUGCAACCCGUGGACGAAGCAACCCAGCUGCCACGAGGGUGGUAUGUCAUGACACCACCUUCCAACGCCGUUCAUCACUCGUAUCAAAUGACGGAUGAAGAUAGACGACCGGCUCAUCUUGUGCCUUUGGCACAUGAAAAGGAACCAUGUCCCUUGGGUGAAAUCAAGGUUCAGUUCUGCCCCGCCAAAGCCAAGGCAGAGAAAGAAGCGGGAGUAGCCCCCAAAGAGCUUCAAUGAUUUCAGUGAGGAGAAAGGGAAAGAAUGCUCCUGGCUACUCGGCUUGGAGAUUCGGCUUGGAGAAACGAAAGAGAGGCUCCGGUCUGUCCAGGUACAUUUGACUGCCAAGUGACAUUCCUGCCUGGCUGGAGCACUAUGCUAGAGCUAGAGCUACCGUUGAUGCAGGUUUUGAAUUAUCUCAGCGGGACGAAAUCUAUUGAUCAACUAGACGUCCUGCUACGUGUAGGUAGAGCCAUAGGUCGUGAUCGUGCCCACGACUGUGGAGUUGACAGAAGCGCAUGCCACCAAGAAGAACAGCAUGGGUGGAAUUUCUGUGUUGCUAUAUCUUUCAGGACGUCGCUCAGCAAGCAUAAAUCCAAGUUGCUUCCAGUCUGAGUAUUGGCCAAAACCUCUAAGUCGCGCGCAGAGGCGUCAAAUUAUUUUGCAGAGAAAUCUUCUUUUUUUCACCCCAAAUGAAGCCGAGAGCCGAGACGAAGGAAAACAGCUUAGGAAUAGAAGUUGAGGUAAAUAUGAGAUGAUCAAUGGAGUACAUGUACAGGAGGUCUCCUUUGAAUAUUUCUGUAUAUUUAAUUGUUUACCGCAUCUACCUGUGUCCAAAGCUUUGUCACACAGUGAUUCAGCUCAAGAAAGAUGUCAUCUUUGUCACAUCACUUUCGGUUCUCGACGAUUUGAUAUCAAAGAACAUUUGACUAAGUUGGACGAGUGGAAAGAAAACAGUCUCAUUUGCCUUUCCUGUGGGGAAAGCCAGAUAGCGACACAGUGCUGAUUGACUUCAGCUCGUUGUGGAGCUCGGCUGUAGUUUGCUCUGAUAAAGAUGUUUUCCACUGGAUCUUUCGCGCCUCUUUACGCUGAGGAAUAUCUGGAUGUUGGUACCGGUACCAAUGCAACGGUGAACAGGA